AUGGUCUGCCUCCAGGAACCCUGUUCCGCUUCCCGUAAGCUCGUUGGCUACCAAUACCACGGCUUACGUAAGAACGAGGAGGCUUGUAUAUUGUCCAAGCGUGGCAUCCCCUGCCACACGGUUUUUGCUUCCCGUGACCUUGUCGUGGUCAAGGGAAACAACUAUGGUAUAGCGUCAUGGUACUUUCACGGCACGGAUAUGCCUAGGAGGGAACUGGCGCUCUCUGAGCUUGACCAGGUCCUUUCCACGUGGCCUGUGUCCGUCCCGCUCUACAUCUGUGUCGAUGCUAAUGCUUGGCACAUAGCUUGGGGCUCAGAGCUAACUGCUAGCAACCUGCGUAGGCAGGCCUGGCAGCGUG